UUAAAAAUCUUAUUAUUUCUCUGUGGAAUGGAAUGGAUCAUUUUCAUUUGGAUCAAGCAAAAUCCGUAAAACUUAAAAUUAUAAUAUUUUAUUUUAUUUUUAGUUUGACAAGUGCAUCAUGUGGUUUACAGUGUCCAUGUAACACAUUUUAAUGACUUGGUGCUAUUCUAGUGGGAACAAAUCAUUGUUUAUUGGAUAACGAUAGGAACACUUUCAACAUGAGCUUUUUAUUGUAAGUAACGUCAGUGGAAGUCGUUCCAACAAAACAUUUAAACCUAAGAAGAAUAUACCAGAAGGCACACAUCAGUAUGACUUGAUGCGACAUGCAGCCGCCACGCUGGGCUCCGGGAACCUUCGGCUCGCGGUGAUGUUACCUGAAGGGGAGGACCUCAAUGAGUGGGUUGCCGUUAACACCGUGGACUUCUUCAACCAGAUCAACAUGCUGUACGGUACCAUCACGGAGUUCUGCACGGAGGAGUCGUGCGCCGUGAUGUCGGCGGGGCCCAAGUACGAGUACCACUGGGCAGACGGGCACACCGUCAAGAAGCCCAUCAAGUGCUCCGCGCCCAAGUACAUCGACUACCUCAUGACGUGGGCGCAGGACCAGCUCGACGACGAAACUCUAUUCCCCUCUAAAAUAGGCGUGCCGUUCCCCAAGAACUUCCUGCCGAUGGCCAAGACGAUCCUGAAGCGUCUGUUCCGCGUGUACGCGCACAUCUACCACCAGCACUUCCCCGAGGUGGUGCAGCUCGGCGAGGAGGCGCACCUCAACACUUCCUUCAAACACUUCAUCUUCUUCGUGCAGGAGUUCAACCUCAUCGAGCGGCGAGAGCUGGCGCCGCUGCAGGAACUGAUCGAGAAACUCACGGCCAAGGAGGCGCGAUGAGGGGCGCGGGCCGGGGGCGCGGGCGGCGGCGGGGGCGCGGGGCGGGGUCUGCUUCCUCGAUCGAAGCUAAUCUCGAAUUGUCGACACUAAGAUUAUUUGCUAAUUCUGUAUAGUGAGCACUGUUUCGUUAGCACGUCGGCGCCGCGGCGUACUGCUAGUGCUAGGGAACUGUUUGUGAUAUGAGACUCGGCCGUCGGCGGCCGGCCGGUGCUGGGCGGGACGGGCCUGGCAGUAGGUACACAGAUAAGGCCUUCCUAUACAAUAAGGUUUAUAUUUAGAUACAAACUUUGUACUUUAGUUUUGAUACAUAAAGUAUAAUGAUGGUAUAUUUAAGGAAACACUUGUGAAAUGUUUGCUACACAUAUAACGAUACGUCACAGCGCUUUCAUUUGGCACCAGCGAUGAUGCGAGUGCCCCGGGUGCCUGUCGGGUGUAUGGUUGUAGAGCCGCGGACUGCUGUGCGAUAUCUUAAGUUAUUUAUUCGUUUCAGUGGCAAAACUACUGUAUUUAUUCAAUUGGAUCUUGUUUUCGUGCGCACGACUCUAACAUUGAUCAUUUAAUGAAUGCUAAUAUAAUCUCCAGUAGUGUGAAAUAAGAGUUAGAUAUAUUUUGUGCAUUUAAUGAUUUAAUUUCGUGUUCACAUCGAUCUAUUGUGACUGACAAGUGUAAUGUAUUUUAUUUAAAUUAGACAAAUUCCGAAUAAAACGAAAGUUUUUAUAAU